CACCCGCGUGCUUCACUGUGAUUGGUCAAAGCCGAGGAGCAGCUCGCGCCUCCUCAGACAGACGCCUUGCAGACGGAGCCUCACGUGUGGAGGUGAAGAUGCAGGAGGAGCGGCGGAGGCUCCCGGAGCUGCUGUCCGCCGUUUAGCCCCGGAGAACCGGAACCACGCGGAGGAUGAAGAAGCACCUGAGCCCCUCCAAGCAGCCGCAGCCGCCGCCCGACGUCCCGGCGGCGGCUCCUCCGGGCGGCGAGGCGACAGUCCAGACGCUGAACGAGCUGCUGUCGGACGGAAGCGGCUUCUACAGCCUCCCGACGCAGCACUUCAACGAGGUCUUCCCCAGAAUCUACGUCGGCAACGCGUUUGUUGCCCAGAAUGCGAUGCGACUGCAGAAACUCGGAGUGACGCAUGUCCUCAACGUGGCCGAGGGAACCUCCUUCAUGCACGUCAACACCAGUGCAGACUUCUACGCCGGAACCGGCAUCACGUACCACGGCAUCCAGGCCAACGACACCGAGCAGUUCGACCUCAGUGCCUUCUUUGAGGAGGGGGCUGAUUUUAUCGACAAGGCCCUAGCACACAAUAAUGGCAAAGGGAAGGUGUACGUUCACUGCAGAGAAGGCUACAGCCGCUCCCCCACCAUGGUCGUCGCUUACCUCAUGCUGCGCCACAAGAUGGACGCCCGGCUGGCGGUCGCCACGGUGAGGCACAAGAGGGAGAUCGGGCCGAACGACGGCUUCCUCCGCCAGCUGUGCCAGCUGAACGAGAAGCUGGCGAAGGAGGGCAAGCUGAACGGUGAGGUGGGCAAACUAAAGACCAAAUGAGAGCAAAAGGAGGCAGAAAGAGACUCUCCGAACCGUCUCCUCCCAUCAUGCCUUUCAGCUGCUCUCGGAGACCAAACCAGCACCCAUCCGACACACCAGGGGUAUCUGAAACACAAACAUACAUGCAUUUAUCCGUGUAGAUAAUCGUCUCACGCCUAUUCCGUUUCCUUUUUAGUCUCUCACUGCUGUCCUACGAAAGAGUGUGAUCUCAAAAUACAAAAACAAAACCCCCCCUCUUUUUCUAACUCGCCAUUCGAACCAAAUUUCCGUCACUUUUCGAGCCACUUUGAAGCAUUCCUUCGAUUCCCCGCGAGGUAAGAAGGUGAAAACUUUGCCCUGAUUUUUAGGAAUUUUCUCACAGAGUUGUAGGAAAAAUAAAAAAAAACGAUGAUAGCACAAUCAUUCCAUAGUUUUCCACUGCCGGGAAUGUCAGUGAUGUCACCGCCAGCAGGAGUGAUCCUCAGAUUCCAAACUCCUAAACAUCGAUGGCCACACGAGAUGCAACAAAGAGUGGAUGGAGGAGGAAAAUCCCAAACAUUCCAUGAAAACUUAAAAAAACACGCCCAGAUUCUUUCUAAAACCCUCGAUUCUUUUCCUUCUUCUGCCCGUAGCGGCGGAUGUUUAAUGCACAAACGACUCCAAAGCUGCAGCUCUGCGUAGCGUCUCGGUCCUCCGGCCUCUAGUUUGACGGCGGCGACAUGAAAUUUAUCGGUUGUUGACACGGAGCGGAGCGGCGCCGGGAGCAGCAAAGGUCGAGCUAAUUAAAAAUAACGAGCUGCGCUGGCUGUUCGUGUGGCGGCCGUAGUUAGCAGCAGAUAUGACGGAUGUUGAUUUUUAGCUCGACAGUCGGCCUCCACGGUACAGAAAUCUGAGGGAAACACUGCGCCGAAUGUUUCUCCUGCAGUUCCUUCUGCUUAAAAUAGACAUUCAUGUGAAGUUGCUUUAAUUUUCUGCCAUAAAAGCAGCUUCGGAUUUGCAUUAUUUUACUCGCAUAAGUAGCCAGAAGGCUGUUUUUCUGUUUUCUUUAAUAGUGUACAUCUAAAACAAAAUUGAGGAUUGAAUUUGUGUGUUAUAAGCAACACUUUAUUAUUUACCUGCUAGAGUUUAUAAAGUCUGGAUAAAGACUUAAAAAGAACCUUAAUGUGGUUUAAAUUCCUGAAGGUUGCAGUCAUUUUCAAUAAUUUUUCAUGAUGUUUUCUUUGUCGUGCUGUAACGGAGCAAUUAUUUUCAGUUCUUUGGGCUGCAGAUUAUUUUCUCAACUUAUCAGUUCAUUUGUUGUAAAAAAAAAAAAUGUCAGUGUUUAUCAAAGCUCAACAUGAUAUCCUGAAAUAUCUUCUGUCCCCAGUCCAAAUCCUUUCAGUUUGCUGUCAUAAUGUAGCAAGGAAAUUUUUUUUUUUCUUAUUUAAGAACAUUGAAUCAGUGAAUUCAAACUUUUUUUUCUUGGAAAGUUGGUGAAACCGAUCAAACAACAAUCACAAUAGACAAAUAUUUUAUUAUUUGACAACUGAUUAAUUGGUGAAUGCUUGCAGUCUCAGAAUGUAGCUGCUUUGACCAUUUUUUUUUUAAUUUUUAUAUUUUGGUUAGGGCUAUUUAGUUUAACUAUCACACAGCUAAAAUGCUAAGCUAAAAUAAAAGCAGAGCUGUCAUUGCACUACAAGGAACCAUCCCAAUUCUUUAAUGAAGAGGCCAAAUGUUUGCUCAUGAUUCUGUGUUUGUCACUAAAACCUGGAAUGAUAUUCGGAGAUGCUUCUCUCAAAAUUAAACUAUAACUAGAAGGACUUUCUCCAAGUUUAAUAGUCCACUCUUCUACGACACGGUAUUUCACAGACCAAACCAGAUUUGCACAAAAAGUUUAGUCGGUAGCCCAUGUUUCACCAAGUUUCAUGAAGACUGCCUUGGUAGUUUUUGUAAAUCUGCUGGUGAAUGGUAUCUAAAACAUCUUGGGGGUUUUCACAGGUUGUUUAUUUUAACCAUCACCAAAAAUAAUGGAUUAAUCCUGGAAAACCUGUUGAUGUAGCACCAGAGGUGGUCCAACUAAUGAGGGUUUGGUCAGAUGGGAGCACCUCGACCAACCAGGAUACUACAAAGAGGAGAUUCAUUGAUUGAGUUGAUCUGCCAGCUUCUUUCAGCUCUAGAUUUUUACGAAUAAAAGGCCUAAAUGGAAAGAAUCGGACAUCUUUUCAGAUUUAUCCGACGUCUAGUGCGCUAGUUAGCGCUUUUAGCGGAAUAUUCCUGAGCCAUUCACAGCGUCUCGCUCGACAUGGCGGCGAUCGGGUUGUUUAAAGCCGAUAAUGCUCAGCUUCAAACUAGAGGCCUCCAGUUUCCACCGGGGAAAGAUGCCACCCGCUCCCAACAGAAAGUUCCAGUCAUUGUCGCCAGAGAGUUGUCCACUGCCAAUUCCCUGACACUGCUCAUCCACACAGUCUGUCCGAGGUCCAUACACAACAUGUCUCACUCCCGACUGUGUGUGUCAUACACUAAAUUAUGCACACACGACUCCUCACAAAGCUUUGUUUUCAUUUGUACUAAAGCAUUGCAAUAUAUGUCAAUACCCCAUCAGAUAUAUAGAAUGUAACCACAUGUACUCCCACUAACCAGGCAGUAGUUGCCACAUACAGUACACGGCAACUUUGCAGUACAUUUUGACAGACACUGUAUUUAUUACUGGACAUAAUACUGUAAACUAGACCUAGUGCCAGGAGGGAAGGGUGAUGGAGUGUCUCUAGAAGCUGCGCAGCAUCACUCCUCCGGGUUUAGAGAGGAAAGUGUGAGACGGGAAGUCAGGAAAGAGUCAGUUCAGCCGCUAUGUCCAACACAUCAGACGCAUAUUUCUCUGGUCUGAGGCAUGUUAGCAUGAAUCCAAGAGGGACAGAGGAAGAUAGAUGAAAACUAGGUUGCCUCACCUCAUUAUUGGCACUAUUUAUUCCUCCUUUGAUAUAUCUGUAUACAUCUAAAUAUAUACAUGUAUACUGUAUAUACAUAUUUAAGUGUUGACAUAUAUGAAUGUAUGAGCAAUGUGUCUAUAACUUGUAGGUAUCGUCAGUAUGUCUUUAUAUAUCAUGUUAUAUUCGUAUCACGGAGUAGCUCCUCCUUUCUUUCUGUUUUAACUACAUGCACAUUGGUAUUCAGGUACGAUGUGCAUGUAACACGUUCUGUGUGAUUGUGAUAUUCGGUAUCGCAAUUGUGCAAAACUCGCUAGCUUGAUAGCAGGGUUUGUUUUGUUUUUUUCGUCCAGGCUUAGCUGGGAUACUGAGGCAUGUAAUCAUGGUGUUCUACUAGUGUUUCGUGAAGGUUUGAGUUUCCAUUAGUGAUGCUGAUUCAUUCAUCAGAUACAGCAGGAUGCAGGUGGCAGCAUAAGAUGCAUAUGAGAUUGUCCUGCAUAUGCGUACGAACCAUCACAUCGUCCCAUCAACCAUUUAUAUGGUGCUUUAACGCAUUUUCAGUGGUUUCUUUGUUGAUAGGAAUCAGAUUUUUUUUCUGUUCAGAUCUACAACUUCUUUGCAUUUGCAGGCUGCAGUUUCUCCACUAGGGGGAGCAGCUGAGUUAUUGCGGAAUUAGAGGCUCGCUGCUGAAGACAUUUCAGUGUUUGGUUAGCCUUAAAUUAGUCUUCAAAUACGUCUAAUACGAGCUAAAGAUAAAGAUUUAUCGAGUUGAAAGACUUUUAUGCUACUUAACCCUCUGAACUCCAAGCAGUUUCUAGACUUUUUUUUGCUUCGAUCACAAUUUUGACUCAUUUUACAUGCCAAUAUUAAGUUCGGCACCUUCAUGAAGAACCAAGAAAUGCCUUCUGUGCAGUAAAUUAAAAGUAUAAUGCCAUGAACCAGAAAUAGGAAAAUACUGGAAUCAACAAGUACAACAUAUUUCCAAGCGUCCAUAGGCGGUGCCGAAAAAAAUGGUGGCUCUACAUGUUUUAGAUAUUUUGCUAUUUGCAUUUUCAAUUUGGUUCGAUUCUCAUCAUCUUUCUGCUUUGUAUAAACACUGCCUGCCACUAUUUUAAGCUUAGAUUUGGUUGAUUUUUCCAACUGAAUGUCACUUUUCAGAUGAAUAGCUCAAAGACUGUUCGAAAGACUUUGAUGAAUGAUGUCAUUUGCUCAUUUUUUUUUUCAAAGGCAACAUGACGUUCAAACCUGCUGGAAGGUUUUGGGGGUUCAGAGGGUUAAAGUUUUUGUGUUGUCACACUGACUGCUAAAUUAUUCAACUAUAGAGUUCUUCCAAAACACGAACAAGUUCUGUUAGAGUAAACAGAAAGAGCUGAACAUUUGAAAAAAGCUUGAAAUAAGUCUUAAUUUACCCCAAAUUCAUGGCAAAAUGGUCCAAGUUAAGAUCAUGAACUGUAUAUAAAAGAUGGACGUAAUGUCACCCAUUGGUUUGUUUUGAAGCCAUCUUGAAACCAGACCGGACGAGCAAGGUGUGGAUCUAACUAUGCACAUCUUUGUCGUCUGUUUAACUCGAAAUAGGACCAUGAUUUACAAAAUAAAUACCAUUCUGUAUUUAAUGACUCUUGAAAUUAGUGACCGAGUCCAUAAACUCAUCAGGAAAAUGUUUACUGAUGUAGCAAAUCAAAGGCAAAGUAGGGUCGUUUUCUCAUAGACGUCUCCAGGAGUCGCCCCCUUCUGGACAGAUAUGUCGCUUCUGUAUUGGCUUCACUCUUCAGAUCCAUCUCCAUCUUUUAUUUACAGUCUAUGCUUAAGAUUAAACACUAAAAAGUGUUUUAUCUGGAGACAAAAUUGACCUGAAGUGUGACAACAAAGUUUAAAUGAGGCCACAGUCUGAGGUAGAAUAACUUUGUGAAGUUCUAAACAUGUUGACCUUCAGUGUAUCCCUGCAGCUCAGACCUGCAGAUGAGUCUCUGUCACCACCUACUGGCAAACAAAGUAUUAGAAGCUGUCGUUUUACAAGCAGACAAUGGAUUUUUACAUUUUUUUUAUAUCUGUGUCCCUUCUUAAACAAUCAAUCAACAGGGCAGGGCACAAAGUCAUUUAGAAACUUGACCAUCAAACAAGUCAGACUUCUAAUUUUUGCGUUUUAGGUGGAUUAGAUUUCAGAUCUAGAUGCACAGUUGCUACUUUGGAAUUAAGAUUUUAAAGUAGGUAUGAAAGUGUCCAGAAAAGGUUCAAUUAUUUGAUUAGGUGACUGACAGGAAGUAAAAAUGUUAAGUAUAUUGUGUUGUCUUCCUGUCUUACAGCAAAGAACAUUUAAUAUCAUCUGGUUUUGGACUGUCAGUUCUUACAAAUAUUUGGCUCUAGGACAAUAUAAAGUUUAUUUUUACUGUUUUCUGAGGUUUUAUAGCCCAAAAAUAAUCACCAGAUCAAUGAUAAAGUGAGUAAUUGCCUUUCUUGUCCAGGUAGUGUGCAUAAAGUGCACACAAGUGCACAUAAAAACAGCCCGAGGAGCCAUUUUAAAGGCCCCUGAUGUCAUAAAAUCCAGUGUUUAGAUCCCAAAGAAACAUUCACUGAAAUGUCCAGCUCUGCUGUGGCCUCUGACUCAUUACUGGCCAGGAAGAAGUUAAUAUUCUCACAGGGAGUUAAAGCUGAGGGCAAAGCUUGCAGAGUGAGUGUCUCGGUCCAGGUUCAUCUGCAGGUUGUUCGGUCAACUCUGACCUCUGUCAUCUGGUCAUUUCAUACAAUGUUUGAAGUCCUUACAGCAAUACAUUCGUUUUCAGACAUCUUGCAACCUUUGCUUCCUCCUGUGGGAUCACCAAAGUGUCUGGCAGGAUAAAUCAGGUGCACUAGUUCAGAUUUAAGGAGUGUAAUUUAGUGCAUGGCGUCAUACUUUCAUUUUCCCAUCACCUCACCAUGAACCCCACACCACACAGCAAUGAAGAUUGAAGGAUUGGACUUCAGUCUUCAGCUGGAGAGAACUACAAACCUCUCACAUAUUUUUACCAGAAUUGUUCGUGCCAAUGUACUGUUAACAUUCAUGAUUGGCUUUGUUGUCAUUCAAAUGGCCUGGGGUUUGCAUCUGCUCUACAAUACUGCCCUCCUUCUGAAUACACAAAAAGCAACAACUGCACAGUUUCCUUGUUCAGUUUUACACACGGUGUUUCUUUAAAUUUGGGAAUUAUUGGGGUGAAGUUGUUCAAAUCGGUCCAGGAUGAGGGUACGUACUUUAUACACCACUGUCUCCCAAAAAUCACAUUUCUAUACAACUAAACUGCAUUAUUAUUUACGUUUUUAGUGAUAUUCUUCCAAAUGAUAUCUAUGUUGUACCACAAGGAUAUUUAAGAUCAACCUAUCUUUGCCAUUUAUUGUAUUGAUUUGCUGUUGUUCCUUUAUAGCCCACCUAUUGUACACUAGAUAAGGUGGAACUCAAUACCUAGGUAACCCAAAAAAUGUCCAAACAUAGUUUUAACCAAGUGAAGGGUUAAAACUGAAAGUAAGCAACAAGUGAAAAUGAAAAGUACUGAAGUAAAGUCUUGUUGCUAACUUCUACCUCCUUACAUGGAUAUUGUGACCGUUCCUACUUCACUUGUAGUGAUGCAUAGCCAACCCCUAUCCCUGAUGUAGCCACAGAAUUGACCAAAGUAUUAAUGUAAUGUGGCUAAUAUACCACAAUACAUUAGCCACUUGGUUACCAGAGGUUGUCUGGGUAAACUUUGAUUCGUUUUACAUGUUAGCUUUGGCGGGAAUCCAUUAAGUGCCACACAAGUCUUGGUCAUGGUGCCCCUUGCUAGCUAAAGCCCCACAAUGCUUUUGAUGGCACAAAAACCUAAAGCGAGAACUGCCCAUAGCCUGAGCGACUGCCUUCUUGGGAUCCCAAAGUGCAGUAUUCCAUCUCUUUAAAUAGUAAGAGGCUCCACCUGAUGGUGUUACCAGGUACUACAGCUAAUAUGCAAUACAAUUUUCUUUCAUAUCGUAAAUGAGAAUGCAGUUUACUUGAAUAACGAUGUCAUUUUUGCGAGACAGACUUGACUUUAUAGCAUCAACUGCCUACACCGACCUGCCCAUUGAGUAAAUCAUCGACAGUUUUUGGCUUCCGAGACACAAACACUCUGUGGUGGCCGAACUAGCCAUGGUGGACGUUUUCUGCCGCCGCUGAAAACACUCUUUGGAUGAAGCAAAAAUGCAACUAAUCACGCGUAAGAAGAAGAAGAUGUCUAUCAUGGCUACACUGCUGGCUCCUUUAUGCAUUGAGUAACAGAUAAACACUGCCACCUGCUGUUCAACAAAUCCAGUAGUUUGCACACUCUUUGAUUUAUGGUGAUUAUAACUCAUGGCAUCAUACAGUAAAUAGUUACAAUCCAAUCCCGUGUUCCCAAAUGUGAAACCCUGUAACGUCGAUAUUAAGCAAUGGAUUUGUUCGUUUCAAAGGUACCAGCAUCAUUUUGUGGGUUAUACAGUACAUUAAGUAUUAUCGAGAAUGUCAAAUGUGAAAUGCCAUUGAUGUAUAUUGUUAUAUAUACUGAGUAUGUAACACGCACUAUAAGGCAAUUGUGAAUUGCUGCAUUUUACUGUCAUAACUGGCCUAUUACAGUGUAAAGAUAGGACAUAGUUUGAUAAUGGAUCUUGAUGAAACAUUCGUUUUGACUUACUUUCUCCUAGUGACAUAUGUUUGUCUUUAUCUAGAUUUUUGUCCUGUUGCAAGGGCAUAAGUUCUGAUUAUUUUAACUAAAGAAGGCUAUUUUUUCGUACAGUAGGGAAUGUUCAUGAAAGUGUGAUUGUGACCUGCUUCUCCGACGUAAUUUUUCAGUUUGAUACGUGUUGUUUUUGGAUGUAGUCGCCUACUUGCGUAAUGGUGGUCAGACCUGGGCCAGGCUGUAAUUGUAACUCGCCGUUUGUUUCAAAAACCAGAGUGGAGAAGAGGGCUGUUAAAUCAAUCACACAGGUAGUUGUGUUUAUUAUCGCGGAAAAAAGUACAUUACGAAUGAUUUCCUGUGAUUUUCAUUCAAAUUUGCCGUCCCGUGUGGCACAGCUCGAACAUCUGGAGGCAAGACGCUGAAAAGUGACCGACAGCUGAUUCCUUACGUCAUGGAAACUCAUCUGGUUGAGCUUAUGAUGCAAUAAGCUGCAUCCUUCUGGAGCUCCUGAGGGCGCCUCCAACAAACAACUGGGAUUAUUUACAAAUACUGUCUGGCCCAGGUGAGGUUCUGACUGCAGAGCUGUCAUCUUCUUGGCCUAAAGCAGGAGUUUUAGCACAAAUGAGCCCACUGCCUGACUCCUCCUGGAGUCCAUUACAGUCUUGUCACGCCGUUUCUGUUCGUGUACAGAUGUCGCAGAGGACGUUGUUGUGACGUUGGAUUGGCUGCCAAUGGGUAUAUUCACUUAUUUGAAUAUAGAUAUCUAUAUAUACUGUAUAUUUGUCACCGCCGCUGACAUCUCAACGAAAGCAUCACAACGACACGGCACUCGGCACCCAAAGCCUUACAGGAAACGAUCGAUUCUUCAGAUAUGUUUUUGAGUUUGUCUGUCUCACUUCACACAGUAGGAAGGGACAAUCCCUUACAGAGCGACACAUCGAUGAAGUGCACUUGAUUUUAAAUUGCAAUGUUAUUUUUCUUACCUUGGAGAAGUCCCUUCUUUCUUAUGUUUAAGAAAUAAAUGGCUGAGGUAUUAA